AUGGCGCCUUCACUCUCGUUUCUAUACCUCUCGUCACUCGUUUUGACCUAUCUGACACCGCUCGUUGUCGGCGCACCCUGGAUCGUCACUGAGUAUUUCCAGGCAGCCCCCGUGAGGGAAUACGCCUAUGACUACUCCAAAGGAGCCUAUUCAUACACCACAUCCACCACCUACGAGGAAAUCAUUCCGACCGCGACCUCGCUACCGGAGGCGAUCCAGACCAACACCGUCAUUGAAACUGACCCCUACUAUGCCGGCGAAGCCACCAUCAUCGAGAAGCUCUACCCCUCCGGCGCGGCAGGCACACCGGUGCCGUACAGCGCCUACGAUGGCUACGGUGGCGUUUACGACCAGUACUACACCUCCAUCAUCUUCUUGGUCAACCUGACCUACUCGGCACCCACGGCCUGCUCCACGCAAUUCACGACCACGACGGCCGUGACCGUCACGCCUCCCGCCGACGCCACCUUUCAGCGCCUGCUCCCGACGACCGCGGCCUCGACCUCGUACAGCGUGUACAAUGGGCAGGCCUUCCAGUCAUCCACCUACAUGUACAAGUACAUCUGGGUCGAGCCAACCCAAGUACCCAGCUCGUCGCUGAACAGGCUGAGCGACGAGUACUACCCGGCGACGCUGUACAGCGGCAAGGACUGCGAAUACGAGAGCCAUGGGUACGAGUACGCAAGCAACCCCUACGACGAUAAUUACUACGACUACGGGAUGGGGAUUUCCCCCCUCGCCAUCCUGCUCAUUGUUGUACUAGGCUGGAUCGGGCUGUGGUUCCUGCUCGGCAUCGUGGAAGCCUGGUUCCGAUUCCGACGCCUGAUGACGGGCUGGCAGACGCGGCGCGGAAUGCCAGUGUGCUGGGCGCUAACAAUCAUGCCGCUGACGCUAUUCUGUCUCUGUUGCUUCCGCAAGGGCUACCGCGCGCGCACGGCGCACGACUCGGCUGUUUUGCAGAGCCGGUGGAAAAAGAUGAGCGCGUGGCGCAAGCUUGUGCUCUUCUUGAAAUGGGGCUUCAGAUAUAAGUACCCCACCGUCCUGGGCCCGGCGCCUGAGCGCGUCAUGCCUAGUAAGCGGCCUGGCAAGCACCCUGGUUCGUCUAUGGGUCCACCUUUGCUCUUCUCGACGCCGCCACAGACCGCGGCAUACCCGCCGGUAUCGCCUGUGGUCUCCUUGAACCGGGAGGCUGGUGCUGCCGCUGCGGGGCCGCAGAUGAGCCAGGUCCAUGCAGUCCACCCGCAGCCUGUUCCUGAAGCGUCGGGUGCGCUACACAACGAGCAUGAGCCCAGCCAUGGUCCAGAUCAGACCGAGGCCGAGACUCAGGCUGAGGCUCGACAUGAAAACCACAACCAGGAUGUGGAGAUUGGACGGGCGCAAUGA